GGAGACAUAUGGAUACUAAUUACAGAGCGAAUAUCGCCAAGUGGCUACCCCUUCCUGGAGUUGCCCUCGAGAACUGGCUGGCAGACUCUUCCGUGUUAAACGAGAAGAUGAGCAAACUCGCGGAACGUAUAGCCUUAAUCAUCGAGGAUUUUGAGAAAGCACAAGCUUAUGAUUUCGAGGUAUUCGAAGAGAUCAUUAAUAACCUUGAGGAUAUAGUGAAAUGUUAUCAAUCAUUGUGGAACGAUAUGAUAGAGACGUCGCAUCCGAUUUACAAGUAUAAAAUACAACAUUUCUCUAUAAUUUUAAAACAAAAACUCAACGUAGUCGCAAAGUUCACCCGUAAUCUUAUAACCGAAAUAGUCGAUUCGAAGAGCGACGAGAUACUUCAAAUUAUUUUUAAAUUGGUCAACUCAUAUAACAAGAUGCUCGAUGUGGAUCACAUUAUUACGGAUUCGUCCGUCAACGUUUUUUGCAAUGAUUGUCCAUCUUUGUUAGAACCUUUGAAGAAAUUUUCUGUAACUAAAAUAUUACAAAUAUUGGCGAAAAAUCGUGCAGAGGAAACGUGUCAUGAGUUAAUCGAUUGCCUGUUAGCAAAUUACGAACCACAUACAAAAGAAAACGUUACAUUAACACCCACGGACGUUGACGUUUCUGAAAAUUCUAGCAUCGAAAUAUAUAGAGCACUCACGAGACACUUGACGCCACCUAUUGCAAACGAUGCCUCGACAUUUCAACAAACGCAAGCAUCAAAUCUUGAGAGUAUUCAAGCACUUGUAAAUACUCAGAAUGAACAAGUCCUUAGACUCCUCAGUAUCGUCCGAGAUAUUUCACCGCAGUUGCUUGGUUCCGAUGCUUUGAAGAUCACCGAAGGAGAAAAGAGAUUGAAAGGUAGCGCAAUAAGAAAAGUAAAAAAUUAUUACCAAGAGGUUGCUUGGGCAGCUCUUUCCGGGAUGUUGGAUCACGUUGUUCUUUGGUGGUCACCGGAAGCUUUGGCUUCUCAUCAUAGUCACGGUGCGGAACAUUUGAAAAACUGGUUGAGACAAUUUAUUCAAAAAAAUGCGGUUCCGCUGACGGUGAGACCUGCUUUACAAAACUUAUGCGAUGCUCUCGGUUAUCAUGUUACUAUUACAUCUUGGGAUCAAUUAUUUCGAUUAGCGUAUACGUCUGCUUUUGAAUACCAAUCGAGACCUUCUACUUCUGAGGGCACGGACACGGGUCAAAUGUUCACCGAGCUUUUCCAAUUACUGGUAACGCUGAGCAACGAGUGCGAGGUUGGAGGUGAAUGGGUGAUCGGCGCGCCGUUAAUGGAAUUGCCGAUUUCGGAACAGAUCGUCGUCCUUCACAGACUUGAUCACUCGGUCCACACUGCUAGGCUCUGGGUCAUGCAGGAAUCCAAGAUGAUAGCUCACACUUGGGAUUUGGAUGUCUUAUUUUUAAUGGUCAAGGGCGAUGUCGUCAAUUCUCUCGAAGAAUUAUCCUAUCUCAAGCUCGCUGAUCAUUCGAGUGCACUUUCAGAGGAAUCCGUUAGCGUUCAAGUGCUCGUUUGCGUCAAAAUGAGAGCGAAAAUCGUUUCCGAGGUGAACGCCAACGUACAGUUGUUGCAGGAUACACCAGCAAAGUGCAUGGACAUUCUCGCCAAGAUUUGUCGUGUGGUUAGCCUUGCGAAUUUACACAUGUGCUUCCCACGAUCAAAUUACUGGAGGAAGAACAGCGAUGUGGCACCUGUGACAGCAAGUCUCUACGUUGAAACUUAUUUUGAAAAGGUGUUGUUACCGGUUCUCGAGGUUAUCGAGGAUCCUGAUAUUUCUAAUAUGAUCUUAAAAAUAAUGUGCGAGGCUUGGCUCGAUUACAUAUAUUUACAUCGUAUUAAAUUUAGCGAAUAUGGUGCUUUUCAGUUACUAACAGAUUUUGCUUACGUUUCUACAUGGGUAAAAGGAUGCCCGAUAAUUUCGCAAAAUGUGAGAAAUCACUUGUUGAAGAAUGAAGUGUUACGACGUUGCGAGGGUGUCGGACGACUUCUUCUUAGGCAUCCAGGAGAAGCGAUUGCUAUGCACAAACGACUUGCUCGUAGGACAAAUGAUAGCGGAUCACCGGAAUCACCCGGUCUCGAGCGGAUGCCAGCGGAAAUGUAUGUCCCGAAUCAGGAACAAUGGCUCGAACUUCGAGCUCCGAAGCGAUACAACUUUUGCUGUACCGAAUAAGUGAAAUAAAUUCAACCAGUAUACCCCUGGACGACUUCUUCUUCUUCUUCUAACUUCUAAC